GUGAAGACGUAUCAAGGACAGGUCAACCGUAGCAAGUGGUGCAGAGCGCAAGCUCACCCAUAUAUAAGUGGCGUCCAAGGUUCCCCAGGCACCAGUUGCUACCCAACCCUCCCAACAUGAAGUUUUUGAUCAUCGCUGUUUGGGUCUCUGUGGCUGUCGCUGCACCCGAGCACUUCCUUCCAGAGACCUACGGAGCUCCUGCCUCCUCUUUCAGGGCUGUAUCCCUUGACAGCGAGGAAGUGGUGCCCAUCUUAAGGGACGAGCGUGUCCAAGAUGAAAAUGGAAGAUACAGCUUUGAUGUGGAGACUGGUAAUGGCAUUAUCUUCUCUCAGUCCGGCUCACCUGACGGUCCAGAUGGUGCUGUUGUGAGUUCUGGGAAAUAUUCGUACCCUGCUGCUGACGGAACACAAGUGGAACUAAAGUUUGUCGCUGACGAAAACGGUUUCCAGCCAGAAUCUGACCGGUUGCCUGUGGCUCCUACUUUUCCCCAUCCAAUUCCUCAGUUUGUACUGGACCAGAUCGCUAAGGCUGCUGAGGAGGACGCUGCCCUCGCUGCUGCUGAAGUCAGGGCUUCUGCCUCUUCACUAUCUGACAGAUACGCAGUCCCUCAGUAACACUCUACGUGAUGAUCAGUUAAAAUUUUUAAAUCCUGUAGACCGUAAUUUAUUUACCUCACAUUUACAGCAGAUAUUGCAUAAAUGGCUAUAUUACUUAAAUAAAAAAAUCUCAU